AUGCCUCCUCCCAACCCUAAGGACUACCACGAAGUGCUCCAGAUCAGGCCGGACGCCUCCCUCGACGAGAUAAGGGUCGCCUACAAGAAGAUGGCUCUGAAGUGGCAUCCGGACCGGCACGCUACCGAUAAAGAGUCGGCAAAUGAAAAAUUCGUGGAGCAAGGGAAACCGGCCGGUGAAACCGCGCCUUCACCUGAACCGAAAUCCGAAGCGUCCAAAGGUCAGAAAGGAUCCCCUCCUAUGGGGACCAAAGCAACCUUCACUGAGCAAGGAAAUGGCCCUUGUGAAGCUGCAUUUUCCCCAAAGACGAAAUCCCAAGCCUCCGAAGGCAGUCAUCCUCCCUCCGGCGUGCCAGGCAGCCCCAGCGCCCGCUCAGACUCCACAGCUUGCCCAAGCCUGCACGGACAACAUAGCCCUAACCCUAGAUCAGCUCCUUUGCGUCCCAUCAACCACCCUUCCUCGAUCGGUGGCGAAUCGAAGGAAUGGAUCUUCCCCCUUCACCUCACCCUCUCCGAACUCUUCCGCGGCACGUGCCAGCGCUACAGCAUCGGGCGGCACCUUCUCUCGGGCGAGAUCAAGACGGCCCUCCUCGAUGUCGAGAUUCCACCGGGGUGCAGGGACGGCGCGCGCAUCCGCGUCCCUGGCGCAGGCAACCAGCGCCGGGACGGGUCCCUCCAGGACAUCGUGUUCCUGGUUGUACAGAGGGAGGACGGGAUGUUUGUGAGGGAAAGGGACGAUCUGGUCACGUAUGUGCAGCUACCGUGCCGGGAGUCGUCCUGCUAUUUCGAGCAGGAUGACGUCGUGUAUGUGGAAGGGAUGGACGGUCACAUGUACCUCGUCCCGGUGCCUUUGUCGUCUUCGAAGGCUGCGGAAGACUAUCAUAUCAAGGGCGCGGGAAUGCCCAUACGGAAGGGAGGACGUGUCGUUGGUUACGGUGAUAUGGUGAUAAGGUAUGCGGGUGGUGUUUUCGCCGCCGGGAAGUCUCAACUAACCAUCGCCCAGGUGGAACCUUAUCUGUCUACACAAAACUGCGCAUCCGAAGCGCAAGAUUCUGAGAAGGCGUCACACUUGACGUACUUGUGA